GUUCUCUGACGUCCGCACCUUCCAUAUAAAUAUAACACACGAGGACGAUAGAUCAUAUUACAGUACAACACUGACAACAUAACAACAACAACAACCUAAACCUCAACAUGAGCAUUGCCAAAGACCUAUCAAUAGGCCAGAUGAUUGCCAACGCCAAUGAUACCCAGGCGUCUAUCUGCAGCGGGAGAUUCAACUCUCAUAACUCUAUGGAGAUGAAUGACAGCAGGGACACCAUUCCCGACUCAGAAGUACCAGCUAACAGCGCUGCCUUCAACAAGCAAGCCUUUAAACAAGCUACAACCAGCAGCCCUAAAGACAAACACCAUAUCAAGUCGGCCUCUACCUUCACAAAAAACAACCCUUUAUACACAAUACCACGCAAACCCAAACACACUCUCAACAUCAUAGACGCGAUGGGUCUAGGCCUACCUACAAACAUCGGGAACAACCCCAACGCCACACGCCAAGCAGACCCAGCUCUACUCACCCGUUUGAGAACAUCAAUACACUGGGAAGCCAGACACGAUGGCGUCCUUAAAAGCCUUAACAACUGCCCGGGAGGCAUCCCAAGAGGCCUCAUACCAAAUAUCAAAUGCGGCGCCCCUGAGAAGGAAACCUCUGAUAUUGAAAAGGCGUUUGAUGUUAU